UUAAAGUGUGAUUUCAAAAUAUGCGUUAACUGCUGAUCUCAAAACAUUUGUGUCACCCCUUAACGGAUGUAACAGCCCCUAGAUAGUCUGGAAACAGUGAUAUUUGGUUGUCACUUUAGAUUCCACUUAAAUUAACACUCAGUCAUCCGUCGAGAUUUUAUUCAUAGGUUUAAUUUAAAUCAAACCUUUGAAAAUUAGUCAAUGAUGGGGAAUUUCUGCUUUGAAAGGGGAAGACAUGGGUAUGUAGAUAUUUCUACACUAGAUGAUGAGAGUGGGUGUGUUCAUUUACACAGCACAUUGUAAAAGCCUCUCAUUCUAGUGCCAUGCGCUUGCCAUGAGUCGUCAGGUUAGUCGCACAUCAAACUCAACCAUUCGGAUUACAGUCCGCAGUCACGGACGACUUCGGAUACACAUUUUAACACGCUAUGAUUAAAUCAUUUUAAACAUUAUUUGGGAAAGUCAAAUUUAAUCAGGACCUUGUUUGGAGUAAGACGUUUUGCAUUUAUCAUCUGAGGAGUUUACGAUGUCUGGGUCUUUCUGUCGAAGUUUGUAUGCUUUCAACGGAGAGCAACAUGAGCAGGGGUUGAAGUUCGAGGCUGGUGAACUGAUCAAAAUAACACAAGCAUUGGACGGUGGAUGGUGGGAAGGUGAGAAAGACGGCGUCAGGGGAUGGUUUCCAUCAACAUACGUUCAAGUUGAGAAAAUAGUGGCCAUGUUUCCUCUUGAUGAGCUGCUUCCCAAAGACUGGAAAUGCUACAUGUCUCCACAGGGGCAAAGAUACUACGUCAACACCGUCAGCAAUGAAACAACAUGGGAGAGGCCAUUGAGCGUUCCUGGAACCCCCAAAACUCCAAUAAAACAUAAGAACUCUGGACCUUCAGUGAAUGGAUUUCAUGGAAAUGGUAGCCCAUUGCAUCAGACUGAGCAGUCACAUGUCCUCAUGCGAAAGUCAAGCACAGAAAAACAGAGUCCUGUAUCUCCAACAUCCUCCAGAAAGCUGGAGCAGGAAUCUACACUAACUAUCAACACUGUGACGUUCCCUCUUUCCCUGCACAUGUCUGAACAGCAGCUGCUCAAACCAGAGGAGUGGAGCUACUGUGAUUAUUUUUGGGCAGACAAAAAGGACCCACAGGGAAACGCCCUCAUCUCAGGAUUUGAGGUCUUACUGCAGAAACAACUGAAGGGAAAGCAGAUGCAGAGAGAGAUGGCUGAGUUUGUGCGGGAGAGAAUCAAGAUUGAAGAGGAGUAUGCCAAAAAUCUGUCGAAGCUCUCUCAGUUUCCACUCGCAGCGCAGGAGGAGGGGUAUGUUCCUUUAGACAAUGUUGUGAGCACGCUUGGAGAAGCUUGGGCUCAGCUGAAAAAAAGCUUGGCAGAUGAGGCAGAAGUUCAUCUCAAGUUCUCUUCUAAGCUUCAGAGUGAGGUGGAAAAGCCUCUCUUGACAUUUCGGGAAAACUUUAAGAAAGACAUGAAGAAGUUUGACCACCACAUGGCCGAUCUCAGGAAGCAGCUGGCCAGUCGAUAUUCUGCUGUUGAGAAGGCACGUAAGGUGCUCUCAGAUCGCCAGAAGGAUCUAGAGUUGAAAACCCAACAGCUUGAGAUCAAACUGAGCUCCAAAAUCGAGGAGGACAUAAAGAAAGCACGCAGGAAAUCCACACAGGCAGGGGACGACCUGAUGCGAUGUGUUGACCUCUAUAAUCAGUCCCAGUCCAAAUGGUUUGAAGAAAUGGUCACAACCAGUCUGGAACUUGAGAGAUUGGAAGUGGAACGUGUGGAGAUGAUCAGGCAACACUUGUGUCAGUACACAACGCUACGGCAUGAGACAGACAUGUUCAACCAAGGCACUUUAGAGCCCAUUGACAAACUGCUUCAGAUUGUGGACCCUGCCAGGGAUCGAGAGCUGUGGGUGAUGGAACACAAGACAGGGGAGGUGAGGCCAGUGGACAUGGAGAUCUAAAUCCAGAGACUGAUGCUACUCCAUGGUUUCAAAUCAUCUGGCAGAAAUUUGGUCUGAAAGAACAUUCCCUUACUGGAAGAGAGUGGGAGAAACUAUAAAGCAGCAAGCUGAAAAACAGCACUCUCUACCAUUUGAUUGUCCCGGUGCGACCCGCUGAGAUUAGACUUAAGAGCUUGCAGAGGUGACACCGUGAUUUUCCCACAAAUUUGAUCAAGUAAGACUUGAAAGGAGGAAAAGGAGAAUGUGUAAAUAUCUACAGAACUUUCACUCAGGAGAACAAAUGCUAAAAAAAUUAUCCAUGAAGUCAUUAUCUACUAUUGCAAUUGUAACAUUAGGAUUGAAUCUUGCUCAUAUCUUGAUUGUCAAGCAUAGUAAAUUCAUGCUAUUUGAAAUUGUACUAAUAUAUAUAAAUUCUCCUGUUGUCAAAUG